GUGGUAACUGUCAAUCUCGGGGAGACUCCAAACAGUGAGCCUUGAGCUGGAGAACAGCGUUUACCGGCGGGGCGGCCGGUUUUGUGAAUGAAGCUAUGGCUACAGAUUCCCCCAGAAGACCCAGUCGCUGUACUGGUGGAGUUGUGGUUCGCCCCCAGGCUGUCACGGAGCAGUCUUACAUGGAAAGCGUUGUGACUUUUCUACAGGAUGUUGUGCCACAGGCUUACAGUGGAACACCUCUAACAGAAGAAAAGGAGAAAAUAGUCUGGGUCAGAUUUGAAAAUGCAGAUUUAAAUGAUACAUCAAGAAAUCUGGAAUUUCACGAAAUACACAGCACUGGAAAUGAGCCACCUUUGCUGAUUAUGAUUGGCUACAGUGAUGGAAUGCAGGUCUGGAGCAUCCCUAUCAGUGGGGAAGCUCAGGAGCUCUUUUCUGUUCGACAUGGCCCAAUUCGAGCGGCUAGGAUCUUGCCUGCUCCACAGUUUGGUGCUCAGAAGUGUGAUAGCUUUGCUGAAAAAAGGCCCCUCCUUGGAGUUUGUAAGAGCACUGGAUCUUCUGGUACUAGCCCACCUUACUGUUGUGUGGAUCUGUAUUCACUUCGUACCGGGGAGAUGGUCAAGUCCAUUCAGUUUAAAACUCCUAUCUACGAUCUUCAUUGUAACAAACGGAUCCUCGUUGUAGUAUUGCAGGAGAAAAUAGCUGCCUUUGAUAGCUGUACUUUCACAAAAAAAUUUUUUGUCACAAGCUGCUAUCCUUGUCCAGGGCCCAACAUGAACCCUAUUGCUCUUGGGAGCCGCUGGCUUGCUUAUGCAGAAAACAAGCUGAUUCGAUGUCAUCAGUCCCGUGGUGGAGCCUGUGGAGACAACAUUCAGUCUUAUACUGCCACAGUCAUUAGUGCUGCCAAAACUCUGAAAACUGGCCUGACGAUGGUUGGGAAAGUGGUGACUCAGCUGACAGGCACGCUGCCUGCAGGUGUGACGGAAGAUGACGUUGCCGUCCACAGUAACUCUCGGCGGAGCCCUUUGGUCCCAGGCAUCAUCACAGUAAUAGACACGGAAACGGUUGGAGAGGGCCAGGUGCUUGUGAGUGAAGAUUCUGACAGUGAUGGCAUUGUGGCCCACUUCCCGGCUCACGAAAAACCAGUGUGCUGUAUGGCUUUCAACACAAGUGGAAUGCUCCUAGUUACAACAGACACCCUUGGCCACGACUUUCACGUCUUUCAAAUUCUGACUCAUCCUUGGUCCUCAUCACAAAGUGCUGUCCAUCAUCUUUAUACUCUUCACAGGGGAGAAACUGAAGCCAAAGUACAAGACAUCUGCUUCAGCCAUGACUGUCGCUGGGUUGUGGUCAGCACACUCCGGGGGACGUCCCACGUUUUUCCAAUCAACCCUUAUGGUGGCCAGCCUUGUGUUCGGACACAUAUGUCACCACGAGUUGUGAAUCGUAUGAGCCGUUUCCAGAAAAGUGCUGGGCUGGAGGAGAUUGAACAAGAACUGACAUCUAAGCAAGGAGGUCGCUGUAGCCCUGUUCCAGGUCUAUCGAGCAGCCCUUCCGGGUCACCUCUGCAUGGGAAACUAAACAGCCAAGACUCCUACAAUAAUUUCACCAACAACAACCCCGGCAACCCUCGGCUCUCUCCUCUCCCCAGCUUGAUGGUGUUGAUGCCUCUUGCACAAAUCAAACAGCCAAUGACAUUGGGGACCAUCACCAAACGAACAGGCAAAGUUAAACCACCUCCACAGAUUUCGCCCAGCAAAUCGGUGGGCGGGGAAUUUUGCGUGGCUGCAAUGUUUGGAACGUCCCGGUCAUGGAUUGCAAAUAGUGCAGGUCUGAAAAGAGAAAAAGAUCAGUCCAAACAAGUUGUCGUUGAAUCUCUCUACAUUAUUAGCUGCUAUGGGACCUUGGUGGAGCACCUGAUGGAGCCACGGCCACUUAGCACUGCCCCCAAGAUUAGCGAUGACACCCCACUGGAAAUGAUGACAUCACCUCGAGCCAGCUGGACUCUGGUUAGAACGCCUCAGUGGAAUGAAUUGCAGCCACCAUUUAAUGCAAACCACCCUCUGCUCCUCGCUGCAGAUGCUGUACAGUAUUACCAGUUCCUGCUCGCUGGCCUGGUUCCCCCUGGAAGCCCUGGGCCCAUUACUCGGCAUGGGUCCUAUGACAGUUUAGCUUCUGACCACAGCGGACAGGAAGAUGAAGAAUGGCUUUCUCAGGUAGAGAUUGUAACGCACACUGGACCCCACAGGCGGCUGUGGAUGGGUCCACAGUUCCAGUUCAAAACCAUCCAUCCCUCAGGCCAAACCACCGUCAUCUCUUCCAGUUCAUCUGUGCUGCAGUCUCAUGGUCCAAGUGAUACUCCACAGCCCCUUCUGGAUUUUGAUACAGAUGAUCUUGAUCUCAAUAGUCUCAGGAUCCAGCCGGUCCGCUCUGACCCAGUCAGCAUGCCAGGGUCAUCCCGUCCGGUCUCUGAUCGAAGGGGAAUUUCCACCGUGAUUGAUGCUGCCUCAGGAUAUUAGAAGAUGAAAUUCAGCUUAACAGUGUGGAAAAAUUUAGCUCAGCACAAUUAAGAAACAAAUGAUUGUCCCACUUGAAGAUGAAGAAACUGUAAACAGAAGUAGAAGAAGCUGUUGGGAAAGUUUUUUCUGAUGACACAUUGCUUCUUUGAAUAAAUCUCUGUGUCAACUAAAACCUUGCCUUUGCUUUCUCUAUUGCAAGCGCCAGGUCCUUGUUGUGACUUUAUGUCUUUCCUAAGCAUUUUCAGAAGGAGUUGAUGGAAUUCUCCCUACUGUUGAUAUACCACAGCAACACAUAAUUACAUGGGACUUUCUGGCUAAAAGGCUCAGCUUUUCUUUUUUGUACUUUUAUGACUAUAUCUUUAAUACAAGGCUGGACUAUUUAUGUAGUCUGUUGCCUGAGACUGUGGUGGCAGAGGGACAAUAUUGGGGGCAGUAUUAGAAUUUGUUUAAGUCUGAACCGGGAAUUCCAUUUGUCUUAGUGACAUUAGUGUCAAACUGUUAGUGCCACACUAUUUUAAAUUGUGUCCAAGAGCCCAAGAGGCCUAGGCUCAUAGGUGUCAUCUAUAAACUUAGAAACAAACAAAGAGCCUCUCUCCACUGAAUAUGGAAGCCGAGCGAGCAAUUAAAGAGCAGCCCCGGACUUCGCCCGGGCAGCUCGUCGGAACCAGAGCUCGCGAGAGUCCCCUGGAUAUUGUUGGAAACUGUCAGAGAGAAGCUAAAGCAAAUAAUCAAAGUGAAAAUAAUUGUUCCUGGGAAAAGUCUUGUUUUGGAAGCUAAGUGUAGUGGAAAGAAUCGUGACUAGUAACUUUUGAAUCGUUGGUUCUAGUCUCAGCUCUGCCUGUAACUAUCUGUUCGGCAUAUUGUUUCAGAACUCCAGGCCUUCUUCCGUAGAAUGAGGGAUCAAAAUAGGUUAUUCCCAGAUUCCCUUCCAGCUAAAAAAAAUGGAUUAAGUGCGUGCUUUGGAUCACCUUUGAAGAAUUUUUAAAUGUUAGGAUAUAACUUACAUAUUAACAAGCAUGCACAUAUCUUAAUCAUACGGCUUGAAUUUUUAUACCCAUGUAAUCACCAUGCAGGUGAAAAUUAGUAUAUCUUUAUUAUUCCAGAAAGUUCCUUUAUGCUCCCUCCAUCCAGUACAACCUCUGACCAGAGAUUACCACUCCGACUUUUAUCAUCACAGAUUUGCGUUGUCUAUAUUGAACUCCAUGUAAAUGAAAUCAUUCUGUACCUACUCUCUUGUGCUUGACUUCUUUUACUCAACUUAAUGUUUUGAGACUCAUCCAGGUGUUACAUGUGUCACUAGUUCAUUUCUUAAAAAUAUUGCAGUGCAGUUUGAAUAUAACACAGUUUAUGUAUCCAUUGUCCUAUUAUUUGCAGUUUCAGGCUUAUGAAUAAAGCUGCUUUAAACUUUC